UCAACGAUCACUCCGACUGUGUAUAUGCUGUUUCUAUUUAUUAUCCAAAUGAUUGUACCGUACUUAUUUUCAAACAGCUAUCAAAAGCUUGAGAUAUUCACAUUCUGUACGUAUGUUAUUAUGUUUUCUCGACGUCUGGAUAUAAUAAAAAAUUAUUUAUCUUCGUUUGGCGGGAAUAACGACAGACUUUCAGUGAUGUGGUGCGUUAAUGAAUUCUUAUAUAUUUGUGUUAUUGCUUUGAUCGGUGAGAGUGUUAUAACAUCGAGGGAGCAAUUAAAAAUUGUGAUAAAUGAUAUAAUAGUGAACUAUGCAAUGUCGAAAGAAGUUCGGAAGCAAGCCAAGAUAUUAUUGUACGCUGUGGAAGCGUGGCCAUUACGUUUUUCGGGAUAUGAAAUGUUUUUUUUUAGAAGGAGAUUAUUGCUUGCAAUUAUCAGCUCUUUAACAACUUAUUUAAUAUAUAUCAUACAGAUUUGUCAUGCUCUAUAAAGAACGGGAGAUAGAUAGAAUAGU